CUAAAGUCUGACUCUGUUGCUCUUCGGUGCACUGUCGAACCGAAAACCCAGCCUCAUCCCUUUGGUUUGCUCAUUUAGCUGCUACAUUCACAGAAAAAUAUUUUCAGAUUAUAAACGAUGUUGCAGCUUCAGUUUUUAUAUCUUCAAACCCUAAACCCUAAGUUAUGCCCAUUACAAUCUUUAUCAAAUUCAAAACCCAACCCCUUUAGUUCCAUCUCUUCAACUAAAAAUUUCCUUAACAUCAAAAAGAAGAAAUUUUUAGUCAAAUGCCGUCAAUCAGAGUACUAUGAGCAAAAGAGUUUCCUCACCCCUCCCAGCAACUCUUCUUUUGCUUCACAAAAUUCUACUGAAGCAGCAGUUGGGCCAUUGCCACCGAGGGUUUAUGUGGGUCAUUCAAUAUACAAAGGGAAGGCAGCGGUUACUGUGGAACCUAGAGCACCGGAAUUUGUGUCUUUAGAUUCAGGGGCAUUUAAAUUAUCCAAAGAAGGUUUUGUGUUGCUGCAGUUUGCUCCUGCGGUUGGUGUUCGACAAUAUGAUUGGAGUAGAAAGCAGGUAUUCUCAUUAUCGGUGACAGAAAUUGGAACUUUGGUUGGCCUUGGUUCAAGAGAAUCGUGUGAAUUUUUCCAUGAUCCUUUCAAGGGAAGAAGUGAAGAAGGCAAGGUUCGGAAGGUUUUGAAGGUGGAGCCACUUCCUGAUGGAUCUGGUCACUUCUUUAACCUAAAUGUUCAAAGCAAGCUUAUCAAUCUGGAUGAGAGUAUUUACAUUCCCAUUACCAGAGCAGAGUACACAGUCCUUAUCUCGGCAUUCAACUAUAUCUUGCCAUACCUUUUAGGUUGGCAUGCCUAUGCAAACUCAAUAAAACCUGAUGAUACCAGCCGAGCAAAUAGUGCAAAUCCCAGAUAUGGAGGAGACUUUGAAUGGAACCGGUAACAGGCAGUGCAGGUGCCCUUAUUGUCAUAGUGCUAGGAAAUUCAGUUGACCUUGUCAACUAUUCUUUAAUGCAUAUGGGUUUUUACUGGAUCAUUCCUCCUGAAAAUUUUGGGGUUGUCCCCCUUUUUUCCGUUGUGAUAAUAGGUUGAAAGAGGUUUAUAAAUAAUAUGGUUGUUUGUAAUGUCUUACCUUACGGUUAACUAGUUCAUGGUUGCAAAAGGUUUCAAUGUAAUUUCAUUUUGAACUA